ACGCACUUCCCUGCUAUUUCUAGUUAUCCUAAUUUCUCUGUGGCUGGCACAUAGCGCGCUCCGCUCUCAAGUGUCGGCUCGGCAAAAACACCAAACGGGAAUUCCUCACCGUCGACUGGGCCCCUAUCUGGGCCCCUAUCUGGGCCAUCUGCACCGCAUCCACGAAAGUUGUACAAUCGUGAGAGUCGCACAAUCGCAAGAGUCGCACAACCGCCAGAGUCGAGAGUCGCACACCGCGAAAGCCGCGGCAUUGCUAGGGUCGCACAAAAUCGCACAGCGCGCUCGGCCUGAUGUCACUCAGCGCUGGCGGACGCGUGGCGACAGCCGUCCUUCCGAAACUCCCCCUCUUCGCUGGGCGUUCUUGUUCCCCCGCCGCGGUGGCGUCGUCGUUAAAUCGGCUGUUUUCGGCGGGACCCGCGGGAUCUCCGCGGCCGCCGCGGCCCUCGUCGGACUACCCAUCGCGCCCGCCGCCCCCCGAAGCCAUGCCCAUCAUAGAACCCGGACAGCCUAUACCCGGACAGACUAUACCUGGGGAGGGGGAAGGAGCAGCGGAUGACGGAAGCAGGGAGGGGGAUAUGCGGGAGUGGGCGCGGGACGCUGGGCGAAUGCAGGAGGUGUUUGGGGGGAUAAGGGAGCACCGGGUUGACACUGUGGGGAGAGUGCAGCCUAGCAAUGGCUUUGAAGCCAACAAGGCCCUUUCAGGCAGACUCUCUCUUGCACAGCUGAAGGAGCUGCUCGCCCUGCACGUACAGGGUGGGCCGGCAAGCUCUGGCAGUGCUGCUGCUGCUGCUGGUGUGAGUGCUGCUGGCGCUUCUGCUACUGUGGAUGCAUUUGCUAGUCAUUUUUCUGUAGAUGCUGCUUUACUGGCUAGGGUGCUCGUGCAUGUUCGCAUGCCCACCUCUGAAGAGGCCCUAUAGUAGCUUUUGUACAGUACAGCUUCUUACAGCUUCCCAGGUCAUAAGGCAGUAAGGUAUGGUGGGCAUAUGGUUAAUAAGGUUCAAGUAGAAAGGGUAAAACAAAUUGCAUCAGGAAAAGAUGCAGUUAGCUUUUUGUUCAUGCAUCGUUUUGUUAUAUGGUGCAAGUUCCUCAAUGGGAUACACAGGAGGACUGGAUGGACACAAGUCGAAAUCUGCGCGACGGAGUUCUGUACCGUACACGUGUGGUUCUAGCAGCUGGGUCUACAGUGUUUACCCUCGGCGCUUAUAUCAAAUCUGUUCUCUCCUCAAGCCGCGACAGGACUCACGGCUGAGCUCAUCACGAAAAUCACCCCCUACGCCGGCAAUGUGGGCCAGGGAGAAUGAUAAGGUAGAAUCAAGGACAGACGAUUAGGUCUGAUCCGUCGAUCAGCUCGCAGACCGAUGCUCCUGCUGCCGAAGUGAGUGAAUCAGCAGAGCCGCUACAGAGCAACAGAGAUCAGGCGGAGAUUUGUCGGUUGGCGACGGGACACGUCCCUGCCUGUCAGGGUGGCACGUGUGACGCAGCAGAAGAAGCAGCAGACGCGGCGAGUGUGAAAUAUCCCGAGGC